UCAUAUUCGAUAAAGGGAAACAUCAGAGCCGCACUCGGAUCCUGCCGUCGUUUUCCCUUUAUUUUGUCAACUUGCUGGAGCUUUGGCAUUUGUUGUAUUUGUUAAGAUAGAAAAAUAAAUCGCAUAAAAAGCAAGCACUAGACAUGGGUGGCAAAACUAAGCAUGCACAAAGAACCAAGAAUAACGUGAAGCCAUCCAGUUCGGCACGUAGUGCGGAGUUAUUGGGUACAACCCAGCCCGUGUUUGUGGGCUUUUCAGCCCAUUCGGAUUUGGGUUUGAUACCAUUUGUACCCGGCUUUGGAGCGGCAGCUGAACAAAUGCCCGAAACCUUUGAUGCCAGCAUUUCGACACCAUACCAAUUGACCCUAAAGAAGCUGUCCAAAAAAGAUCCAAUGACAAAGAAAAAGGCCCUGCAAGAAUUCAUUGAUUUAAUCAAUCAAUCUGAUAUGGAUGAGCUGAAAACCAUAUUACCAUUAUGGCCAAAAUUCUAUCAAAAUUUGGCCACAGAUCCAGAGCAUUCAGUGAGGGAAUUAACGCAGACAGUUCUACAAAUUCUCGUCACAAAAUGCAAGAAGGCAAUAGCUCCAUAUUUGAAGCAACUGGUACCAGUCUGGCUGGCUAGUCAAUAUGAUAAUUAUGCACCGGCAGCCAGCAUGGCCAGUAGUUGUUUUAAUGAGACAUUCUCCUCAAAGCUAACAGAUGUUUGUCUGCAUUGCCAAGUGGAUAUUAUUGAUUAUGCCAGCCGGAAUUUGACAUUUCACACGGCGGCCACGUUGUCAACGGGCAAAAGUUUAACACCCGAAGAAGCUGAGCAGAAAUAUCAACGUGUUGUCGUUUGCAGCCUCAAGGAGUUGUCCUUCUUUGUGGAACACACCCAAAAGGCGGAAGAUCAAAGUAAGAUUAAAGAAUUGCUGGCAAAGUUGUUGGAACAUCAGAAAUUUUUCAGCUUUGCCAAGAAUAAGCUGAAUGCCAUAAAGGCUGCCUGGUUUGAGUUCAUCUAUCAUUUACUACAAAGCCCACAGCUUUUGGAAAUUGUUGAACAGCACAAAACCCAGGUCACCACUGUGUCAUUCCAAAACAUUGAUGAAUCCGAUCCGUUGGUUGCACCCCAUGUCUGGGGUUGUAUUUUGUUGAUUCAGGCAAAUUUCCAAGAUUGGUCCCAAACAAUUGAUUUUCGUGAAAAAGUCUGGCCCAAAUUUGGUCAUUUACUGCGAAAUGCCUUCAAUCGCAAUGCCCAAGCCAUUUGCCCCAACGUCUUACCCUUCUUCUCCCAACUUUCCCAUGUUACCCAGGAUAUUGAAGAAUACCAUAAUUUCAUUAAACAGUUCUUUGACAACCUCAAGGGUGUGAUUGUCAGCGAUUCCUCCCAAAUAUCAAAGCAGGAUAACAUCAUGAUCAUCAAAACCUAUUUUGAAUGUCUGCGAUAUAUAAAUCAAAAAAUCAACAAUGCUUCCAAAGAACAAACGACGGACUCUUCUAAUACAAAUCGGGAACUUCUUGAGUAUUUGUUACAGGAAAAUGUCAUGCAACCAUUAAUGGUGUGUCUCAGCAGCUCGAAUAGUAUAUCCACAAGAUAUAUUUUUCAAAAUGCCUGUACCCUGGUGGCAUUUUUCGAUCGGCAGCAUACAACUUCAGAAAUCUAUCAGUUGUUGUUGGAUAAAUUUUGGCAAUCCCUGUUCCAAAUUACCACAGAGGGCCUUAACCAGCCAAAUGUCAGUGAACUCUAUUUGGAAAGAGUCAUAGAGCUGAUCAAUGAUUUGUAUGUGGCCAAUCCAAGUCUAGAAGAACACAAGGUUAAGUUUGCCGAAACCGAAAAAGAAGACGACGAAAACUCCACAAAAUCAGAACGUCCACAUACCCCCAAAUCCAGCCAGGUGGCUGCUGAUUUUAGACAAAAAGAACUGAAACAAUUGGUUUUACAAUUGUUACGAAUUUGCAUGGAAAAAACUCAAAAUCUUAAGACAUCGAAAUACAUUAAAAAUGUACGUAUACUGUGUAAUAUGUUUAACGAUAGGCAAUUCUUUGCGAAGCUAUGUGCGGCCGACGAGAGUUUGGAUGGAGCACUCAAGGCAUUUAUUCAACUUCUCAGCUCAUCGUUUAUGGACAAUGAGGCGUGUGAAAUUGUGGUAGAUGUUAUUUUUGAGAUUCUCCAACACUGUGAGAAGGCAAAACGUUUCGAAUACAUCGAUAAGGAGUUGAUAAAGAUUUCCCAUCACCUGACCCAAACGUUGGUAUUAAAUCGUUUGCUAUCCCAUCCGCUAUGUGUUGAGCCCGAAAUACGCACAAUACUCUGCCAAGAGGAAAUCACAAAUAUCAUUAGCAAAGUAGCCGAGGAUGUGGUGAAGAAUAAUUCCAAAGAUCUAUUCAAUCUUUUGCAUAAAUGUUUCUUUGAAACUGAUACGGGAGAAAUAUUAAUAUCCCCCAAAACGGUGGAUAAGAUUCUAAUGACAUUAUCAAAACCCCUAACGGAUGGUCCAGACGAAACUAAUGCCGAAGAGGAUCCAGAUCAAGAAACAGAUGUUGAUGCCUGUGGCAGUUUUAUUGCCCAAAUUAUGCCGGUGGUGUGCUCCAAAGAAAAUGCCUCCCUGGAGGUAAAACACGAGGUGUUUCUACGCCUCUUUACAUUUAGCAUACAAAAAUCUGUAAGCGAUUACAUAUCUGAAGAUACUCUAUGGGAAAUCACCACAUGCUGGCAGGAUGCCCUAUCAAGUGAGGAUAUAAUUUUGGACAACGAAUUGCUAGAGAAAUGUUCGCUCAUCAUUGAUAGGCAAGGGGAGAAAACGAAUCUUACUCCAACCAACAUCGAUUCCAUAGCAGAAGCAACCGGCAAGUUUGUGACAUGUUCCACGGAGAAUAUAUCCGACGAAAAAGAAAGAUACAAUAAAAUUGAUCAUAUUCUUCAGACGAUAUUGAAACAAGACACCAAUGGAGUAAAUGAACUCUUGAAUGUCUGCCUUUUUAUAGAAUCCCUAAAGGGAUUGGCCACGCCGAGCUCAGGCUAUACCGGCCAUGUUAAUAAACUGGCAAAGUUGCAAGGCACCCUGCAACGGUCUCUACUGAAUUUUUCAAUACUCAGUAAAUUGGUGUGUGGUAAACCCCAAGAAUCCACCCAACAACAGGAUAAAAACGAAGGCAACGAUGAUGAAAUAACCGAAGAUUACUGUGAUCCAAAUGAAAAUCUACUUAAAGUAUGGUCAAAUUAUUUACAAAUGGAAUUGCUGAACUACAUUAACAUAGCAGCUGCCGGAGACUCUUUGAUAAAUCAAUGCGCUGAUGCCCUGGAUACAAACAUCGAAUCACUGUGUUUGGAAUUUUCGGAGAAAGUCCAAUUCCUGUUGCGAAAUUCAGGUGAAUUAAGUAUAACCCUAAAGGAAUUACUCAUGGAAGAAUCGGCCAAGGAGCAGAAUUUGGCAUAUUAUCGUUCCCUGCCCUAUCUGGUGAACAUCCAACAAUAUUCGCAGUUUGAAGAAAGUGGCCUGCUGCUCUUGGCCGAAGAUCUGCAGGAAUAUUUUGCCCAAAAGAAAACAUUCAAAGCCUAUAUGGGAGCCUUACAAUAUCUUCUGCCGAAAUUGGAAGCCAAAACCAUAGAUCUCCAAUGUCCCAUAAUGCGUUGUGAACCCAACGAUAUUUGGAUAAAGGCUGGCGUCUUUCGUGCUCUUUUGGAGAAUAAUUUCUCCCUGGCCUAUAAUGAAAAAUCCGAUCAAAAUAUUAUAUCCGUAACCGUGCAGUUUAUCACAGAACAUUCGGAUAAGUUGCACACGCAAAAGGAUUUGUUACUCUAUCAAAGCGAAAUUUUCAAACAAGAAAUACCCACAAUUCUAAAUGCCGUGGAAUACAUCAAAUUGCUGUCGUGUGCUCUCGAGUGUAUACCCCAUCAGUUGACGAUAAAAAAUUGGGAUGUCAUACGCAUCGGUUUGGGCCAUUGGAUAUUGAGUGUUACCAAGUCUCUGGACUAUGCCUUGGAAAAUGCCGAUCAAAAGAGCUUAUAUUUUACACUGCAAGUCUUCAAAUUGUUUGCCGCUCUCACAAAAUUUUUCCACGAAGAGAAGCAAAAGAGUUCCACAGAACUUCUUAAAAAUGUCUAUGAUGAAUGGCUGAAUGUAUUCUCGCGUGAUGUUUAUUUGACCAUAUUCAAAACAUUCUACAAGAUAUGUCAAUAUCAAGAUAUCAAGGACAGUUUUAGUGAUUGUUGGCAGGUAUUUCUUGUGGAAUUAACGGCCACCAUGGAAUAUCUUGACUAUGGAGUUAUCUACACGUUCUGCAAAUCUUCCAGCCAAAUGACGUUGGAUCAUGUUUGUAAUUUUUUGCUAAAAAAUCUCUCAAGUCCUGUCCAUUCCCUACGCACCCUAAGCAUGCAUAUGAUGCGCAAUCUAACACCCUACUUUGUGGCUGAUGAUAUUGAAAUGUAUGACAUUAAAUCGGAACAAAUCGAUAAGGAUGAACAUCAGGAAAUUAAAUGGCAUUUCCUUAAUCGUUUUGAGGACUAUAUAGGACGUUAUGAUGGACCCAUAAGGAAAUAUUUACAAGAAUUUAGUUUCAAACUUACCGAAAUAUCUGAAAUGCAGCCGGUGGAUCGUCAUGAGGCCUUCUCAUAUCUUAUGCUGUGGGAUUGCAUUAUCUAUGCCUGUGCCAAAUCUCCCGUGGCUUUACGUUCAGUUUAUACAACGUUCUUGCAUGAAAACAAAUAUGAAGAGAAUUUAUUACACUUCCUGUUUCGCUGUAUGCCAGUGGAAAUUUUGAAAAAUCACAGUACCAAACAGUUAAACAAUGAUAUUUUCAAGGGUCUGACGUGGUCACAAAUCAAGGAUAACAACCUCUCCUUGGAGAAAUAUACCUGCCAUCUGUAUACGGAUGUUUUGAGCAAACUACCCGCUGUUGUACGCAAAUGGUGGAAUACCAGUCCUUCGCGACAAAAGACCUUUGUCGAUACGCUGACCACGAAUUUUGUGUCGCCCAUUAUCUGUCAAGAGGAACUUAUGGCCAUUGCUGGGAAAAAGGAUAAACAUGAAAAUAUGCAGGUUACCGUACACAUAUCGACACGAGAAGUUUUGGCAGUGUAUUCCAUAGAUGAGGCUCGCAUGGAGUUGGUUAUAACAUUGGCCUCAAAUUAUCCGCUGGGUUCGGUCAAAGUGGAUUGUAACAAACAAAUCGGUGGAAGGGCUUCGUCACGCAAUGUGGCCAUGCAGUUGACCAUAUUUUUGACACAUCAGAACGGCACCAUAUUUGAUGGCCUGGCCCUGUGGAAGAACAACUUGGACAAGAAAUUCGAAGGUGUUGAAGAAUGUUAUGUCUGUUAUACGGUCAUACAUCAAGAUACUUGCCAAUUACCCAAACUGACAUGUAAAACAUGUAAAAAGAAAUUCCAUGGGCCAUGUUUGUACAAAUGGUUUACAACCAGUUCGAAGUCAACUUGCCCCAUUUGUAGAAAUGUCUUCUAAUAGAAUAUCAACUAUAAAAAGCAAUAGCAAUUUAGCUUUUAAUCAAAAACUCCAGGCGUUAUGGUCACAACAAAUCGCUCCUAACACAUACUGUGUGUAUGUGUGAGCGGUAUAAAUUAUUGUAUAAUGCUUAUAGAUUAUUUAACCUUAAAUUAUUCAAAUAAACAUUGUAUAAAAGAAAUUAAGAAUAAA